UCCUCCACCCCCCUGGUCUCGUGAUCAAACGGUCAUAUGACCGCGCGCUCGAACGACAUGGCGGCGCUCCGGGCCGCGCUGCUGCUGCUGCUGUGCGGGGCGGCGGCGGCCGCGGGCUGCGGGUACCAGUCCUGCCCCUCCACGCGCCCUGGGUUCCUCAACGUGCACCUCAUUCCCCACACGCACGAUGAUGUUGGGUGGCUGAAAACAGUGGAUCAAUAUUACUAUGGCGCGCACAACGAGGUGCAGCACGCUGGGGUUCGGUACAUCCUGGACUCGGUGGUGGCCCAACUGCUGGCAGAGCCCAGGAGGCGCUUUGUGUACGCAGAGGUGGCUUUCUUGGAGCGGUGGUGGAAGGAGCAGAAGGAGGGAAUGAGGAGAGCAGUGCGGACAUUGGUGGAGGAGGGCCGGCUGGAGCUGGUGGGGGGUGGGUGGUGCAUGGGGGAUGAGGGGGCGGCGCAUUACAGCCCCUCCGUGGAGCAGCUCUCCCUGGGGCGCCGCUUCCUGCGAGAGGCCUUGGGGCCCUGCGGAAUCCCCCGUGUUGCCUGGCAGAUCGACCCCUUCGGCCAUUCAAGGCAAAUGGCUGCCAUCUUCGCACAGAUGGGGUACGAUGGCCUGUUCCUGGGCCGUGUGGACUACCAGGACAAGAAAGCCCGAGAGAGCCGCCAGGAGAUGGAGUUCAUCUGGAGAGCGGGCGGAGCCAGUGACCCCUCCCCUGACAGCGACAUUUUCACUGGGAUCCUCCCCAAUCGCUACAAUCCUCCCCUGGGUUUCUGCUGGGAUCAGCUCUGCUCCGACCCCCCCGUGGUGGAUGAGGACAGCCCUGAGAACAAUGUGGAGGCUGUGGUGUCCUCAUUCCUUAGGAUUGCUGCUGAUCAGGCCCAGAGGUUCCGCACCAACCACAUCGUGAUGACAAUGGGCUCUGACUUCCACUAUGAGAACGCCGAGCUGUGGUUCAGCAACAUGGACAAGCUCAUCAGCCAUGUCAACGCCAAGCAAAGCAAUGGCAGCCGGGUCCACGUUCUGUACUCCACACCGUCGUGUUACCUGUGGGAGCUGCACCGCGCCAACCUGACCUGGCCCGUGAAGACGGACGAUUUUUUCCCCUACUCUGAUGGCCCCCACCAGUUCUGGACAGGAUUCUUCAGCAGCCGGCCAGGCCUGAAGGGCUACGAGCGCCUGAGCAGCAACUUCCUGCAGAUUUGCAGCCAGCUGGAGGCUCUGGUGGGGUUGGCUGCCCGUAAAGGACCCUAUGGGACUGGGGACAGUGCUGUGCUCCGGGCAGCUAUGGCUGUGAUGCAGCACCACGAUGCCGUCACUGGGACAGAGCAGCAGCAUGUGGCCAAUGACUAUGGCAAGCAGCUGGCAGAGGGCUGGGCAGCGUGCCAGGUCCUGGUGGCCAAUGCGCUGUCUGUGCUGGGGGGCAGCAAGGAGAGCUUCUUCUUCUGCGAGGCGCUCAACAUCAGUGUCUGCCCCAUAAGUGAGGGGGCCGAGAGGUUCUCCGUCAUCCUUUACAACCCUCUGCCACGCCGCAUCCUUUGGCCCAUCCGCCUUCCAGUCAAUGGGACGUCCUACGCCGUGACUGAUCCUGAUGGCCAAGCGGUGCCCAGUGUGCUCGUCCCCACCUCCACCUCUACCCGUCGGCUCCGGCGGCCCCAAGAUGGUGGCGCGGCCCUACGAGAACUCAUCUUCCAAGCAUCAGUGCCUGCUGUGGGGUUCAGUGCCUUUGGGGUGACACGGCUGAGAGGCACCAAGACCCCCCCAAGCCCCCCGAAACCAGAGCGGCCCUACGAGAUUGAGAAUGAGCACCUUCGUGUCCGUUUUGACCCCAUUACCGGGCUGAUAAGUGAGAUCCGGAACCUGGAGCGAGGCAUCACACUUCCCGUCACGCAGAGCUUCUAUUGGUACAAUGCCAGCAUUGGGAACGAGGACAGCGAGCAAGCGUCGGGAGCCUAUAUCUUCCGCCCCAACAGCUCCCACCCCAUUCCUGUUGUGGGGUCGGGGCACGUCAGCACCUCUGUGGUGAAGACCCCUCAGCUGCAGGAGCUGCAGCAGCGCUUCUCACCGUGGUGCUCCCAGGCGGUGCGGCUGCAUGCAGGGCAGCGCUUCGUGGAGCUGGAGUGGACGGUGGGGCCCAUCCCUGUGGGGGAUGGGUGGGGGAAGGAGAUUAUCAGCCGCUUUGACACCACGCUGCGCACCGAAGGCCGCUUCUACACUGAUUCCAAUGGGAGGCAGAUCCUGGAGCGACGGCGCGAUUACCGCCCCACAUGGAACCUUACCCAAACAGAACCCAUUGCUGGCAAUUAUUAUCCUGUUAACACCCGCAUCUUCAUCAAGGACCGUGAAGUGCAGCUGACUGUGCUGACCGAUCGCUCUCAGGGCGGCUCCAGCAUCACCGACGGCUCCAUGGAGCUGAUGGUGCAUCGGCGGCUGCUCUAUGAUGACAACCGCGGCGUGGGCGAACCGCUACGGGAGGACGCCCGGCAGGGGAUGGUGGUGCGUGGAACCCACCGUGUUCUGUUGGACCGUCCCACCAUGGCGGCCGAUGUGCAUCGCCUGAUGGCACAAGAAAUGGCAGCAGCGCCCCACGUGAUCCUGUCAGCGUCCGGGACCCCCAACGUGCGGGAGUUCUCGGCUCUGCGCUCGGAGCUGCCCCCGAGUGUCCACCUCCUGACCCUGUCAGCAGAUGGGGAAACGGAGCUGCUGCUGCGCCUGGAGCAUCAGUUUGAGAGCGGGGAGAGCUGCAACAGCUCCCAGCCUGUCAGCAUCGACCUGCUGAACCUCUUCGCCCCCUUUACCAUCACUGCGCUGCAGGAGCUGAACUUGGGGGCUGAUGGCCCCCUGACCUCCAUUUCCCGAUUGCAUUGGAAGCCAGCCACAGGACCCCACCACCGCCGCCGCCCCCCCACACUUCUGGAUCCACACCAGGUGACGCUGCGCCCAAUGCAGAUCCGCACCUUUUUGGCCACAGUGCAGCGCUGAGUUCUGGUUAGUGGGGACGGGUCCACUUCUGUGCCUUCCCCCCCCACCUCCAGAAAUAAACCACAAUGAAACCUCA